CUGACUAGACGAAUUCACAUUUCUUCGAGGAAACCGUCAAAGAAUCAGUCGCCAUCGCAACAUGGACGCCGUCGUCGACGAUGGAUCCCAGGCUCUCUUCCAGUUCCAAUCCCCUAAUACGCCGCCGCCGGCGGCCUCCUCCGCAAUAGCGACGACGACGCCCGCGAGGAGCAAUUCCCUCGGAAAGCCCAAAACCCAGGCAAGCAAGAGAAACCGCAAACCUCCCCCGCGGAUCCUCCCAAUCCUCUCCGUCGCCGCCAUUGCGGGGCAAGGUUUCAUCUCCGGCAACGGUACUCGGAUGCUCCCUUCUCAGAUCGUCGAUUUCCAACGCCAACUCGAUUCCCUAAAUCUCCCCGUCCAGAUCCCUUCAUCAAUUCCCCCUCAGAUGCCCUCAUCUUUCGGUGAGGAGUCGAUCUACGAUCGCCUUAUCGCCUUCGGCGCCGCCGGCGCCGAAUUCGAUUCCCGGUGGUUCCAGUACUUCCGAAUGAGCAAUCCUACCUUCCGCAAGCUCCUCGAGCUCCUCGCCCCUUCAAUUGCGUCCCGCCUCCCGCAGUCCAUCCUCCCCGACGUGGCCCUCGCCGCCGCGCUCUACCGCCUCGCCCACGGCGCGCCCUACGCCACCGUGGCCCGGUGGUUCGGGCUCGAUUCCCCUGAGGCCGCGCGCCUCGCGUUCUUCGUCGUCUGCCAGACCGUGUGCGAGAACAUGUCGAUGUUCGUCGAGUUCUGGAAGGAAGUGGAGCUGACCCAGAUGGGAUUCCGGUGGGUUUCCCUGCCGAAUUGCUGCGGCGUUCUAGGCUUUCAGCGAUUUGGGUUCGAGAACAAAGAAUUGGGCACCAGUGGGUCGUUUCUGGUUCAGGCAUUGGUCGAUACCGAUGGCAGGUUCUUGGAUAUCUCCACUGGCUGGCCUGGAACCAUGAGCCCUGAAUCGAUUCUCCGAGAAAGCAAGUUCUUUGCUUCUGUUCAGCAAUCAGAUGAGCUGCGGACAGUGCCGGCUUAUGAUCCUGGUAAUGGGGUAUUGUUCCGUCCUUACAUCAUUGGUGAUCCUUCUCUGCCAUUGUUGCCCUGGCUGUUAACACCGUUCAUCGCCAUUGACGAUGAAGUGACGAAUUUGGGGGAGAAAGAGUUCAAUGCACAGCACAGUAGAGGAAUGGCGCUGCACAGCACUGCGUUUGCUCGGCUCAGGGCCCGGUGGCAGCUGUUACGGAUGAAAUGGAGAGAUGACGAGGUCGAGUUUCUCCCCUUCGUGAUUGUGAUGGCUUGUGUUCUGCACAACUUUUUGAUCAAUGCCAAGGAGCCGUUCCCCGAGGAAUGCCAGGAGCUCGGCGCUUCGCAGCAGCGAGAGCAGUUCCCAGUUUACAAAGGAGUCGUGGAUGAGAGGGCAAGGUGGAUCAGAGACAAGCUUGCACAUCAUUUAGGCAGGGCAUGCUUUGGAAGAAUGCAAGUUGCAAGCUUUGAGAGAUGAAGAGGUGUUUGGAGCUAAGGAGAGGGGGUUGGGCUUGCUUUUAAAUACAAAGAUUGGAUUUUGAGGCUCUUAAAUAAAGGAGGGUCCUACAAAAUAAACAGAGGGAGGGAUGGAAGGGAUUCUCUGUUUCCUCUUCCUCCAAAAAAUUUGUAUAUCUUGUAGGGUUUCCAUGAAUCCCCACUUUGGUUUGUUCUUCCAUUAUGUCUUAUUUGGGGAACAAUCACAGCUUGGCAAACCAUGAAUCUUUUGUUCAAGGGAGUUGAGUUAUUACUUAUUAAUCAUUGAGCCAAAAAGGCUCAAAAGAGUACACAGUGCCAUAUGGUCAUUGUUAUGUCGUACAUAAGAUUUCGUAUUCUAAUUUUCAUAGUGCAUAAACAAUAUAUCUAGUACGGAUCAGAAAAAUUAUAUUCGAUUACGAGUUUUAACACCUUAGAUGUGAUCCGAAAACACUAACCAUGCAAUUUAUGAGUCCCUAACAAUACUAAUCGAGCAGUGUAAUAAGUAAGUUGAUAUUUUUACUUUUAACUCUGAAGUAUAUAGAUGUCAACUCCAGCGACCCUUUUGGUGGUCUCUUUUCCUAUUAAAAGAAGUGAUAUCUCCAAAACUAAGCUCUUCACUUGUCGCCAAGCCCUAUUUUGGGUUGUUAUGUUGGAUCAAUGUCUGACCUUGACAAAGCAGCAAAGCCUUAAUCUAUGGGUUUACUAUGCAAGCUAGUCGUAUAAUCACGUAAUUAAUUACUACCAUAAGGCUAAAAGGUAAUUAGGUAGGUGAAGCUAAAGAACCUAAAUGGUGCCACGAGGCCACAAGCUAUAGCUAUUUUGUUCUUACUUGUACACGUUAUAUAGUUGUUGGUGUAAAGAGGAAUUAUGUAGGCUAACUCUAGUCGAUUAGAUUAAGAAUGGGUGUAUUAUCAUACUGUAUUAAUGUAGUUAUAGGCAGCUAACUACGAAUUAUCUUUUGGUGAACGAGUCUUGUUCAUAUCAAAUAAGGAUACCAUGUAAAUCGUCUGGUUUGUCAUAUUAUUUUCUACGGUCUUGGAUAUAACUAAUUGGAGGUUCAAACUCUGUGGUCAUUUAUAGAUAAUUAAUUGUAAAUACUUGUACAUGAAUGUUCAAACUCGUGAGCGUAAUUGUAUGAAUCUGACAGCAACGUAAGUAAUUUUAAGAUAUUUGUAUGCACGGAAUAUUAAAAAUAUACUCUAGACAAAUCGUCUCUUCUCCUUUAUUCUUAUUAGUUAUUGUCAAAUUUAUAAGAAGAUUGUAACUUGUUCUCCUUAUGUUCAUCAUUUAGCGCAGGUUGUAACAUAUUAGAUAGUCCAUGUAAACUACCGAUUGGUAUCAUUAUCCAUACAAAUUUAUUAUUUUUGUAUCACUUAGAUUCAAGACUGAGUCAUAUUUUCAUUAGAACUUGAAACUUGAUAGGGUGAUUUAAUGUUAUAAUGAUGUUAAUUCGUCAUUUAGUAAAUAUAAAUGUUAAAU